GACUCUACUUCCGUUGUGCUGCCAGUCCGCACAGCCAAGCAUCUGCUGUGUGCAUGUGAGGAGCAGAUAUCGUUAUGGGUGUUAGCAGUGUCGCCCCCCCCUGAGCCCCCGGGACCGGUCAGGGGGAAUCAUGGCUGCGCAGGAGCAGAGUCCAGCAUCAUCCCUGGAAGACAACAAACCGGGCUUUCCAAAGAAAAUUCUGGCCAACAAUCUUGAAGACAAGCAUUUGUGCAACUCGUGUCAGAAAAUCCUGCGAAGACCAUUGCAAGCCCAAUGCGGUCACCGCUUUUGUUCGUUUUGUUUCAGCAGAAUCGUGAGUGCUGGACCACAGAAAUGCAGUGCUUGCAUCAAAGAAGACUUGUUUGAAGAGCCCACCUCAAUUCUCAAGCAAGGUGGUGCUUUCCCAGACAAUGCAGCUCGAAGAGAAGUGGAAGCCUUGGCAGCAGUCUGCCCUAAUGAAGGAUGCACAUGGAUGGGCACUAUCAAAGACUUUGAGGCCAACCAUGAGGGCACCUGUGACUUCAUGAUCAUCAUGUGUCCUUCCUGUAAAGAACUGAUGAGAGCCAAUGAACAGGAACGCCACAAUGAGAGAGAAUGUCCAGAGAGGACACUGAACUGCAAAUACUGCAAAGAACCCUUCCUUUUAAAGAACAUAAAGGCUCAUGAUGAAAUCUGUCCAAAGUACCCGAUGAUUUGUGAGGGCUGUGCGAAGAAAAAGAUCCCCAGAGAAAAGUAUGUGGAGCAUAUUAAGUUCUGCAGUAAAUUUAAAGCACCAUGCAGAUUUCAUGUUGUUGGCUGCGAUACGUCUGUGGAGAAAGAGAAUAUCCAUGACCAUGAGCGGCAGUGUUCGUAUGAGCACCUCAACCUACUUCUGCAUUUCAUCAUGGGGAUCAAGGUGAGUCUGGACAGCCUGCAGCCCCAGAGCCUGGAGGUGGCCAGCCAAAGGUUGCAGGAUCUGCACCAAUCCCUCAGGGAACUGGAGCUGAAGAUGAGCCAGUUGGGUGGAGGUGGCCCAGCACCCAUUCAGGGCGGGGGUGGCCCUGCACCCGUUCAGGGCGGGGGUGGCCCUGCACCCGUUCAGGGCGGGGGUGGCCCUGCACCCGUUCAGGGCGGGGGUGGCCUUGCACCUGUUCAGGGGGCGUGCGGCCCAACUCUGGCCACCUCUUUCACCCCGCUACCCAGUGCCAUGCGUGCUGCUCUGGAGCUCCAACUCCAGAUGGAAAAGACCAAGGUGGCUGAGCUGUGCAGGUGCUGCCAGGAGUUGGAGCUCAAAGUGAGCACAUUUGAAAACAUUGUCUGUGUCCUUAACCGGGAGAUGGAGCACUCGUGCACCACCAUGGAGGCCUACAACCGACAACAUCGACUAGACCAGGACAAGAUUGAGAUCCUCAACAACAAGGUUCGUCAACUGGAAAGGACGGUUAGCCUGAGGGACCUGUCCAUCGUGGAGAUGGAGGGAAAAAUUAGAGAAAUGUCUGCAGCAACCUAUGAUGGCAUCUUUAUCUGGAAAAUCCCAGAUUUCAUCAAGAAGAGGCAGGACGCUGUUGCUGGGCGCGCUCCUGCUAUGUUCUCUCCUGCAUUUUAUACUAGUAAAUACGGCUACAAGAUGUGCUUGCGGAUCUACUCGAACGGUGACGGGACGGGACGUGGCACCCACCUGUCUCUGUUUUUUGUUGUGAUGAGAGGACACAGCGACGCACUCCUCAAGUGGCCCUUUAAUCAAAAGGUUACCCUCAUGCUGCUCGACCAGAACAACAGGGAGCACAUAAUUGAUGCGUUCCGGCCAGACGUCUCCUCAUCAUCCUUUCAGAGGCCGGUUAGUGACAUGAACAUCGCCAGUGGCUGUCCGCUCUUCUGUCCUCUUGCCAAGCUGGACUCUAAAAACUCCUACAUACGUGACGACACCAUCUUCAUCAAGGCUAUUGUAGACCUCACUGGGUUAUAGGCACAAUUUAUUGUCAUAAAUCCAACUUUGCCUUUUCUUAUUACUAACCUGUUUGAUUUACCGACCUUACUCUCUCCUGUGGUUUGUCUACUUCAUUUGGAUUUAGUAUGAGCUGUUUGUGACAAUAUGCAAGAUUGAAUUGUUUCUGGCCACUGGUUGGUGGUCAUUAAAGGUAUUGUGACAUCAUUUUUAACAUGCUUUUAACACUAUUAAAAGUCUUGGCCAACAUCCCUCAAAUGUGUCUAAAAGAGUGUAACAAGAAAAACUUCACUCUAGUACUCUUUUCCUGGCUUUUUAUUACAGUGUUUUUUUGCGCCGUGAAAAAUGCUUCCUUUCCCCCCUUUCCUGUCAAUCAUUGCUCCGCUCCUCCUCCAAACCUCCUCCUCCUCCAGCCAUACGCUCACAGCGGCGUCGGAGAGCGACAGGCGAAGCAUGCACGGAAAAGCAGGAGGGCGAACCACAGCAAACAAUCAUAAAAAUAAAGGCAUGUAAAUAAAGUGUCCCCUUAUCUUAAGUCCAGUCAGUGGCCGCGGGUCUUCUUAGCAGUUUUCCUCCGCUGAUGAGAACAGAAGAGGCUGUAAACAGCUCCGUGUUAAGCCUGAUUUAUGGUUCCGCGUUAAAUCGACGCAGAGCAUACGCCGUAGGGUUCAGCGUACGUUGCGCGUCGCCGCGUAACCCUUCGCCGUAGGUUCUGCGUCGGUGUAACGCGGAACCAUAAAUCAGCCUUUAUGGUGCACUGGAGAGGAGAGGAGGCAGGGAGCCGGGUGGAGGGGGCGGUGAUUUAGCGGGCCGUUACGUAACGGCCCGCCAGCAAACCAGAUGAGCCGUUUUUGCACAGUUAUGCGGAAAAUCCCAGAAAGCACACAAUACACUGAAUGUUAAAAGUUCGUUGUUUUUUGGGUGUAAUUGAUGUCAAGACACCCAACAAAACACAAAAAAUCAAGAAAAAUUUGUUUUUCAUGUCACAAUCCCUUUAACAUUUGUGUGGUGGUUGUCACUGUUUUAUCAAUCAAACUGUGUUUUCAUUCAACAAAACUGCAAUUAUCAACCAAAGUGACUGGAAAAGUAAGCAAAACUUACAUGACCAUGUUUUUCAAAUGAUAUGAUUUUCCACCAUCCAGAUAGAGGUGUUACUUGUAUCGUGUAGAACAUAAUGUUUAUGAAAUGAAAAAACAUUUAUGACACUAUCUUUAAAGUUAUCUCGUCAUGGGGUCUUGUACCACUGAAUAGGCUCACCAUCUUCAGUUUUACAGCAUUUUACCAUAAAAAGUUGACUUUGAUUUUUUAAGGAAAUGUUUCUUGUGAAUGAAGCUCUUAUCUGAUGCUGGUCAAAAGGAGGGGAGGAACUUUGUAACUUUAGCAUAACUGUCACAAUUAUUUCAAAGGACUUGAGCUGUGAUAGUUAUACUACAUGUUAAAGUCUCCCUCCAUUAAAACGUCAUGAAUGAUAUACUGUAUUUUUACAUACAUCUUGGUGAUGAACUUUACAACAAAGGAAAAUUACAGGCGUCCAAUAUAGUGAAGUCUUUGGAACUUCAUUUAAAAUCUAGCUGUCAGGCUUAGUGUAUUUUACCUUUUUGUAUUUUUAGUUCUUCCCAGACUGUAGUUUUUUAAAGACAUAUUCAGGUUUGUUAGUCAUGUAGAUAACUCAUUGCACUGACAACGUAGUUUAUAACUAUCUGUUUCUCGCCCAUGGUCAGUACAGAGAACGGUCAACUAGAACAAAUAAUAUUCUAAGUAAAAAAAAAAACCCAAAAGAAACCAAAACACCUAAGAAAUGCAAAAACAUUUUGAAGAGCUACAGGAAACUAUAGUGACUCUUUUUCUACAUCACUUUUACAUCACUAGUUUGUUGGACUAGCUUUCAUGGAAAUGUUCAUACUGCAACUUCCAUAGCUAUCAUGAAGUAAGAUUCAUGCAAAUAGUAUUUUUGUCAGCUGAUUUUUAUUUGGCAUUGUGCGUUUUAUUUUUGUAUUUUAAUAGAAGAAAAUCAAAAACUGCAUAUUGUAAGGCUUUGACCAGUGAUACCACAGAGAAGCAGAAUUAACACACAAAACAAAAGGCCUGAGUGCUUGUUAUGAAUCACCCAUCAUUUGAUCUAUUAUUGUAUUUCUUUUUUGAUAAUUGUUGGGUUUCAAUAACAGUGUAAUGUCCCUGUGGCCUUCAAAAUAUCGCUCAAUUUUGCACAUUGUUUGUGGUGAAUUUGGACUUUCAAAUUUGCUUACAGUUUCUUUAUAACAAGUGUUUUGUGUUCUCUUGAUAUCAUUUGUUGUGGUGAAAAUUGCUUGAAUUCCAUGAAUUCUAAGUGUCCAUAGUUUGCUUGUGAGUGUGAGCUGGUCCAUUUUUGUGGUUUGUUUCACAGUGAAUAUGUAGAAGACGAGCUGCAGUUGCCUGGUUGCCCAGGAAAUAUGACAUAUUUUAUUAGAAACAUAUAUUUGCAUACAACUUCCUGUAAAUUCUUGAAUUACCUUUUAGAUAGUAAACAGGAUUUUUUUUCAAUGUUUGUUCAGCUGAAGUGUCCACUGGUGAACUGGAACUGAGGAAUUUUGACACAUUUGAUAUGAACUUGAUUAGAGGAGCUCUGAGUGACAGUGUGAUGUUUCCAGUAUGACUGGUGUCACAGAAGAGUCUCUUGCCUUUUACUACUUCUGAAGGACGUCUGGGACGUCUGGAGUGAUUUCCCAGAAUACUGUGCCAUCUAAGGGUUUGGAACAACAAAUGCAUUGCUGUGCAUUUAGUAAAACAGGACCAACCUAGUGUGACCGGUUGGGAGUGAGAAUUCAGAGAGACACAAACCUAAUGUGAUAAUAAGAGAUGCAAAACAAUUACAGGAACAAAAAAAAGGAGAAAGAAAUAAGAUGCAAACUCUUAACUGCUGCAAAAUAAUAAGAUGCUACAUGGCAGCAAAUAACCCAAGAUUUUCAAAACUUUCACAAAUAAAUAAAAUAGCCAGACAGUACAGGGUUUUUCAUUGAGAUGCUACUAUUGAGUUAACCUCACAACUUUGAACAUGCCAUAAGAAUACGUGAUAUUUCCAUGUGGGUAUAUUAUAUCAAGCGCUGACAUUCAGAUGUAUGAAUGCUAGAAGUGAAGAGUUGAAAGGAUGAAAGGAGAGAAAAAGCCUCACAGACAAAGAAGUGCCUGUACUUUUUUAUGUUUCAUGAGACCAUUGAUGAAUCUGCCGUGAGAUUCUGAUAUUAUCUUUUAAUAUUUUUGUCAUCCUUCCUGAAGCCCCUUUACUCAAUGUGAUUAAACUCAAGUGACUAAGAAUGUUUUUUCCUUUUCAUAGACAAAACUAGUGCUUGUUCAAGGUAUUAUUUUAUUAAAACCGAAGUCAGAACUACCAGCUUUUGGCGUCUUCAUCCAAGCACCUCUGGCAUGACUUUAAACCUCUCAAAGGAUGCUGACACUUCUCUGUGCAUGGGAUGUUUCAGUGGGAAUAAUGCAGAUGUCUGGUCCGGACUGCAGACCAGCAUUUCAUUAGAUCAUAAUUUCAUGAACAGUAUAGUGAACAGAAGAACAGAAAUGCAGUGCUGCAGCGCUACAUGGCUGUUCAUUUUUACUCUUUCUUGUAAAAUAUGUAAUGUGAUGUUGGUAUGGGACCUCAGCAUUAUUUACAACAAAAGGGCUUCACAUUUCAUUCUCAUCCCCUAAAUGUCAAACACAGGCUUGCAUACACAUCCAUCUGUUUCCUUCUGCUUAUAGUAUAAAACUGUACGUUCCAACAUACAGUGUGUUGAUGCCAUGUCUUAUUACGAGUAGCAUAUGUCAGAUUGAAAACAAGUUGGUUUGUUAUUUUUCAUAUCAAUUCCUCUGUUUCUGGAUCUCUGAAGCCCAUUUUGAGAUUAAGAUGAAGCACUUCCAUCUGUUGCAGUGACAUCAGUCAACCUUGUUCUUUCUGCUGGAUGCUGUGGAUAGUAAUUUGUGUGUUGGUAAACUAUUUGUACAACAGAAGAUUCAAUCCAUAUUUAUGUAUUUUGUUUUAUUAAAGGUUUCAAGAUACCCUCUA